AUGGAUGAUUGUGUGGCUAAUUUUCCUGAAGAUAUAGUGAAAGAGAUUCUGUUGAGGUGUCCUGUAAAGUCGUUGUUGCGAUUCAAAUGUGUCCACAAGAACUGGUAUGCUCUUAUCAAAACCCCUAACUUCGUUCAACAACACUUGAACUGUAGCAAGAAUAAUCCGCCACAACUCCUGCUUUAUAAUACUGGUAACUAUGGUGAUCGUUAUGACUCUCGUUCCCUAACUUUGAUUUCUGAAGAAAAUCCCCAAACGUUUAAAGGUAUGGCAUACCUUUUAGGUUCUGUGAACGGCUUGUUUUUAAUGUUUGGAGUAAUUGAUCAUGUGCAUUCGUGUGCAUUGUGGAAUCCUGCUACUAGGGAGGUGAGACUCCUCCAUCUCCCUCCACCAAUGAUCAAUGAUCGCCCUGUGUUCGGGUUAGGAUUAGACCUUUUGACUAAUGACUAUAAAGUGGUUUGCUAUUUGUGUGAAAAUUUAGCAGCAGUCUAUUCAUGUUCCAGGGACUCAUGGAGAAUUUUCAAACAUAGAAUCCCCUUCUUUACAGGCGUAAAACAAACAUUUGGUACUGCUUAUUCUAAUGGAGUUUAUUACUGGCUGCUAAGAGGGUGCCGCCCUAGUUACUACACCGUUCUUUUAUUCGACUUUGGGAGUGAGAUGUUUGAGGGGAUUGAAGGGCCACAUAUUCAUACUUAUGUAUUUGGUUUGAUGUUGGUUGAUGAUUCCAUUGCCAUCUUGAGUUUGAACGACCUUAAUAUGUCUGAUUAUGCUAUAUGGGUAAUGAUCCAACCAGGGGUUUGGAACAAACUUGUUACCUUUCAAUGCUUCCCAUUUAUUAAGUCUUGUUAUGAUAGCUCUCUCAUUUUGGCAACUAGAACUUCUCGACUGAUCUCCUAUAAUGUUCGAACUAACAAGUUGAAGGAUCUUGCAUUUCAACGUCCAGGCAUAGGAAAGCAUGCAAAAGCUAGUGGAUGUGGAGUAUUUUAUUAUAAUGAGAGUUUAGUCACAAUUAAACAACGACAUGAUGGAGAAUUGGACCAUUAA